AUGGCAACAUAUAAUCCCGAGUGGCUCGAGUUUGAGAAAGCCCUGGGAAUGCGUCCAGUACUCAACGGAAGCAUCGAAGAUAUGGUCGGGCAAUAUGACACUAUUGUAGCCUUGGCUAAAAGUCAAUUGCCGCCUCAAGAUCCUUCAGUGGUGGCUGCUACGGAUCAUAAAGUCAAAGACGGCCCGAUGGUACGUGUCUAUAAACCUGAAGGAUCGUCUGCAGCUGGUAAGUUGCCGGUCUGCCUUUACAGCCAUGGAGGGGGGUGGUGCUUGGGGGAUCUGGAGGCAGAGGAUUCUUUAUGCCGAGCCAUUUCCCAGUUCUCCCCCUGCAUCGUGGUCUCAAUCGAUUAUCGUUUGGGACCCAAGAACAAAAUGCCUACCAUGAUAGACGAUUGCAUCGCCGCAUGGGAGUGGGCGUGGAAUGCGGCGAGCGAACUAGGAGGAGAUCAGACCAGAUACUUCGCUUUGGGAGGGUCUGCAGGAGGAGCACUCUCCUUCGGCAUCGCCGAGAGGUUAAUAGCAGAUGGUAAAAGAAGCCAGAUUUCUGGCAUUGUCGCUUUAGUGCCAGCCACCUUACACCCCUCAAACAUCCCAGAAGAAUAUGUUUCCGCGUACACUGCGACCAACGACAAUGUUGAGGACACUCCUGUCAUAAACAGGAAGACGAUGAAGACUUUCUAUCACGCUAUCGACAGUGACCCAGCCGACCCUGUUCAAUUCCCUGCUUUGAGUAAAAAUUUGCCGUCUUUCCCUCCGACCUAUCUCGCUACGUGCGAAUUCGAUCCCCUUUGUGGCGACGGAAAAGUGAUGGAGAUCGCCUUGAGGAACGCAGGCGUGAAGGUGUGGUCCGAUUAUUAUGAGGGAUAUCCUCAUUACUUCUGGAUCUUUUCCUGUUUGAGUGAUAGCCAGCGGUUUGUUCAAAAUGUGAUCGCGGGUAUUCAUUGCGUCUUGGGAUUGUAG